AACCUAAGAAAAUGUAAGUUUUACACCGGUAACAAGACGAAGAUGGUCCAGUGACUUGGAUUUACAUCUUAGUUUGAUUUCAUACGAGAAAGGUUUGGUUUAAAUGCGUUUAUAAACACGAUCCUAACCAUUGAAAAAAAUAGAAAAUGAGUGACGCGAAGAAUAUCCAAUCGGCUGUUCGAGUGGGAGAUUUCAGGCGCUCGUCAUGAGCUGAAAACACCCAAUCAGACACGCGCUUCCGUGUAUGCCCCGCCCUUUUAGUGUUUCCUACAACGGUUGGCGCUCGCGGUGCGAGUUUACCUCACACAACGAACUACUAAAGGACCAUUUGUGGCAAUAUAACCUUAAUAUAAACUCAGGAAUACUACCAGCAGCGUGAAAGUUUUGUACAUAGGAGAUUUUUAAAGUAAUUGUCGUGUGUUUGUGUUGGGCGGAUUCUCGUCUCGUUUCCUGGCUUUAAGCCGGCUAAUCUCCAGCAAGCGACAAAAUGGCUGAAUCGGACAAAUUAAACAUCGACUCGAUCAUUCAGCGCCUUUUGGAGGUGAAGGGCUCCAGGCCUGGGAAAAACGUUCAGUUAACGGAGAACGAAAUCCGAGGAUUGUGUCUGAAAUCUCGGGAAAUCUUCCUCAGUCAGCCGAUACUGCUGGAGCUGGAGGCGCCACUCAAGAUCUGCGGCGAUGUUCAUGGUCAGUACUACGACUUACUCAGGCUCUUUGAGUAUGGAGGAUAUCCUCCAGAGAGUAACUACCUGUUCCUGGGAGAUUAUGUAGACCGAGGCAAACAGUCGCUGGAGACCAUCUGCCUGCUGCUCGCCUACAAGGUCAAAUAUCCAGAGAACUUCUUUCUUCUCAGAGGAAACCAUGAAUGUGCCUCCAUCAACCGGAUAUAUGGGUUUUAUGAUGAAUGUGAGUAUGUUUGUGUCUUCUUGUAGAUACAUGCAAGUGGA